AUGGCAUCCAAAGUGGAUUAUCUAGAGCUUGAAAAUGGACGGCACGGCUCAGUGUUCUCUGUUUCGGGACCUGUCAUCAUCGCGGAGAGCAUGAGAGGCUGCUGUAUGUACGAACUUUGCCGAGUAGGGUACGACCAAUUAGUGGGAGAGGUCAUCAGAAUAGAGAGAGACAGGAUUACUAUACAAACCUUCGAGGAAACAAGUGGUAUAGCAGUCGGCGAUCCUGUCAUUGGCACAGGACAGCCCCUGGCUGUCGAACUAGGGCCUGGAUUGAUGGGCACAAUCUACGACGGAAUCCAAAGACCGUUGGAAGCUAUAUCGUCCCUGGCAAAAACCAUCUACAUCCCAUGUGGCAUUAAUGUCCCGUCGCUCAACCGUGAAAAAUCCUGGGAUUUCAAGCCGGGAACUUUCAGAGUGGGAGAUCACAUCACAGGCGGCGAUAUCUGGGGAAGUGUCAUCGAGAAUAAUUUACUUGAUGACCACAAAAUCAUGCUUCCGCCGCGUGCGGGGGGACAGAUUACUCGAAUAGCAGAGUCGGGUAGCUAUAAAGUCACAGAGAAGCUUUUGGCAGUUAAGUUUGACGGGAAAACCACAGAGUAUAGCAUGAUGCACGUUUGGCCGGUGCGUGUUUCUCGGCCGGUUGCUGAGAGAUUGCGCUGCGAUGCUCCAUUACUCACUGGACAGAGGACCCUAGAUGCUCUCUUCCCAUGUGCCCAGGGCGGUACAGUAUGUAUCCCCGGUGCGUUCGGAAGUGGCAAGACCGUCAUCAGCCAAAGCAUUUCCAAAUUCUCGAACAGCGAUAUUGUCGUGUAUGUUGGCUGUGGGGAGCGUGGUAAUGAAAUGGCUGAGGUCUUGAUGGAGUUUUCUAUGCAGUCAAUAAAGCUUGAGGGGAAAUCAGAGCCUAUACUGGAGCGAACUUGCCUCAUCGCUAACACCUCUAACAUGCCUGUCGCCGCUCGUGAAGCUUCCAUCUACACUGCUAUCACUAUCUCGGAGUAUUUCCGUGAUCAAGGAAAAAACGUAACGUUGAUGGCCGAUUCUACCUCUCGUUGGGCUGAAGCCUUACGUGAAAUAUCUGGUCGCCUAGGUGAAAUGCCUGCGGAUCAAGGGUUCCCUGCGUAUCUAGGAUCCAAGCUGGCUUCGUUCUAUGAACGUGCUGGACGGAUCGUGGCUCAUGGCAGCCCGAAAAGAAAGGGUAGCGUUAGUAUUAUCGGUGCGGUGAGCCCUCCCGGUGGAGACUUUUCAGACCCCGUCACUAGCUGUACUCUUGGCAUUGUUCAGGUAUUUUGGGGCCUUGAUACAAAGCUAGCACAGAGAAAGCACUUUCCAUCCGUCAACAUCGCGUUAUCCUACAGCAAAUACCUAGCAGUAUUGGAUGAAUACUACGAGAAAGAACAGCCUGGCUUUCCGCAGCUGAGGGACAAGAUAAAAGAGCUUCUCUAUUCCUCUCACAACUUGAAACAGCUCACACAGCUGGUCGGGAAGGCUGCACUCGAUGACCACGACAGGAUAACACUCGAUGUGGCUUCACUGGUUGAAGAAGACUUUCUACAGCAGAACGGAUACAGUGAGUAUGACGAGUUUUGCCCUUUAUGGAAAACUAAGUAUAUGAUGAAAGCUUUCAUGCGUUUCCAUGAUGAGAGCCAACGAGUCAUAUCUGAGGGUCAUAACUGGGCAAAAAUCAAACAACUCACCGGUGGGAUUUUAAGCACACUCCGAAAUAUGAAGUUUGAGAUGCCUGAUGAUGAGGACACUGUGUCAGUUAAGUACAAUAAUUUCCUGCGAACAAUGUCAGAAAAGUUUGUCUCCAUUUCCAACCAGUGA